AUCGUGCCCCCAAAUCUCAUCUCCGCAAGCCCCCGACUCGAAACCCUAAUCCCAUGGAUAGGGCGUCCGAGAGUGAUCGAUCGGGCCGCAAGUCCUCCAAGGAUCACGAUCGCGACCGCGAUUCGUCCAAGAAUCGCCAUCGCGAUCCCGAGCGGGACCGGGAUCGCGACCACAAGCACCGCCACCAUCACCACAGCGGCAGCAAGAACUCAGACGACAAGCGCCAGCGAGACGACGACCGGCGCCGGCGGUCGAGGGAUCUGUCCCCAUCUGACACAGAGGUCGACACCCGUCGGGAGCGCUCCUCUAGCCGGCCGCCGGACUCGGUGGACCGCGAGCGCUCCGAGGAGCGGCGCCACCACUCGUCUUAUAAGAGGAAGGAGUAUGGGGACGAUGAGGGUCUGGAGAAGAGCGGGAAGAGGGCUAGGGUUUCUGAUGGGGAGAGGGAUGUCAAAAGGGAGCGGCGGCGUUUCGAUGAUCGGGCAGCCGAGGAUUCAAAUGGAGAUCAUAAGGAGGCAAGGAGGGACGAGAGGUCUUCAAGGAGUGGGAGGGAAGAAGGGUUGAAGGUUAGGGAGGAGGCGAGAGGAGAAAAGAGGGCGAAGGAUGGAAAUCUGAGUGAUGGAGAGGAUAAGAAGAAACAAAGGAAAGAGGGGAGAAGGUUUAGUGAUACUGUUAAGCUCGAGAAGAAAGAAGCGGAUCUUGAUGAUAAAUUGCUUCACAAGAAAGACGUGAAGGAUGAACAUAGGUCUAAAGAUAGGGUGAAGGAAGAGACUUUAGAGAGCGUUCAGGAGGAAAGGAUGUCGGCUGUGAAUUCAAAAAAUAGAAUUGUUCAUAGUCAGGAGGAAAAUGAUUUCCUGGGCAAUUUACAUCUGGAGAAAAGAAGCUCCACUGCAAGUGAAUCACAUACUUUGGCAUCCAAGAUUACUACGAACUCUGCAGCAUCUCAUCAUCUCCUGCCUUCCAAGGUAUCUUCAUUUACUACCACCAAUGAAAAUGAGGGAGUUAGUAUUAGAUCUGAUGAGGUUCCUGGAAAAUCCAGUACAGAUGGCACAGCAACUUCAGUUGCUGCCAAAAGUGGCAGCUUGUCUCUUGAUGCUUUAGCAAAAGCUAAAAGAGCUCUGCAAAUGCAGAAGGAAUUGUCGGAGAAGCUGAAGAAGAUUCCUGUGCUAAAUAAAGUUGUUAGCUCGAGCACUGAUAACUCACAGGUAGCAUCUGAUAAAGAUGGAGGUAAAAUUUCUCUGGUGGGUGCAUACCAAUCUGGCCCUUCUGGUUCUAUGAGCAUUGCCUCUGCAACUGAUGCUCAGACAAUGCAAAAGGUGCCAGAGAUUGCACCAUCAGAAAAUAUAUCUGCCGCAGUUGGUGUUGGUGUCCUCCCUGGGCUCACAAAUAUACGUAAUAUUGAAGCUGUAAAGCGAGCACAAGAACUUGCUGCUAAGAUGGGGUUUCGUCAAGAUCCAGAGUUUGCACCCCUUAUCAAUAUGUUUCCUGGACAGUUAUCAGCUGACAUGGCUGUACCUCAGAAACCUGCCAAGGUUCCUGUUCUGCGGCUAGAUGCACAAGGUAGAGAAAUCGAUGAACAUGGGAAUGUCAUCAAUAUGCCUAAGCUAACAAACCUUAGUACUCUCAAGGUCAACAUUAACAAGCAGAAGAAAGAAUCAUUUCAAAUAAUAAAACCAGAUUUAGAUGCCAUUGCAUCAUCAACUUCUCAUUUUGAUGAACGCAUGGGUAUUAAUAAGACGAAGCUGUUAAGGGCCAAAAGGAUGUCAUUUCAGUUUGUUGAAGAAGGAAAAUGGUCAAAGCAGGCAGAGAUCAUAAAAUUUAAGAGUCAAUUUGGGGAAGCACAAGCUAAAGAAUUAAAGAUAAAGCAGAACCAGCUUGCCAAAGCAAAGGCCGAGCCUGAGAGUAAUCCAAACUUAAUAGCAGUAGGAGUGCGGCUUAAGAAGGAGAAGCAGAAGGAUGAAAUACCUGAAAUUGAGUGGUGGGACAAACCCAUAUUACCGACAGGGUCCUAUGGUGAUGAUGUAGAACAUAAACUUAACAUGGAGAAAAUUACUAUUUAUGUGGAACACCCACUUCCGAUUGAGCCCCCUGCAGAGCCUGCCCCACCACCACCACAACCUCUCAAGUUAACAAAGAAGGAACAAAAGAAGCUUAGGACCCAGAGGCGGCUUGCAAAGGAGAGAGACAGGCAAGAGAUGAUCAGACAAGGCCUUUUAGAGCCUCCUAAGCCAAAGGUCAAGAUGAGCAACUUGAUGAAAGUUCUUUCUUCUGAAGCAACUCAAGAUCCAACAAAGCUUGAAAUGGAGGUUCGUAGUGCUGCUGCUGAGCGUGAGCAAGCUCAUGUGGAUAGAAACAUUGCUCGUAAGCUUACCCCAGCUGAACGGCGUGAAAAGAAAGAGAAGAAGCUUUUUGAAGAUCCAAACUCGCUGGAGACUGUUGUCUCCGUGUACAAGAUCAAAGACCUAUCACACCCGCAAACACGUUUCAAAGUCGAUGUGAAUGCUCAGGAGAACCGGCUGACAGGUUGUGCUGUGAUAUCAGAUGGCAUCAGUGUUGUGGUUGUGGAAGGAGGUAAGAAACCUAUAAAAAGGUACGGAAAGUUGAUGCUGAGAAGAAUAAACUGGGCUGCCGCUGUGGGCAAUGAAGAAGAGGGAGCCGAGGAAGCAGAUGGCCCUGCUAACAGUUGUGUUUUGGUAUGGCAGGGUAGUGUUGCUAAAUCCAGCUUCAAUAGGUUCCUUGUUCAUCAAUGCAGAAGUGAAGCUGCUGCUAGGAAGGUGUUUUCUGACGCUGGAGUUCCACAUUACUGGGAUCUGGCCAUCAAUUUUUCCGAGGAACUGUUGUAAGCUACGUAAUGUGGCAGAGUAGAUGUCAAUCGAACCAUCAGGGAUCCCGAGGACAUUGUUUUAAUUGCUGCAUUGUCUGUAUUGGCCGUAGUACGAUAGCCAUCUUUCAAGCUAUUAUUGGCGUUUCUUGGUUUUGAUGAAUGACAUUAGUAGGUGCUUCCCACCCAAA